AUGGGCAAGGCAAUUCACUUUGGAGGUGGAAACAUCGGCCGUGGCUUCGUGGGAGAAUUCCUUCACGACGCCGGCUAUGAAGUCGUCUUUCUCGAUGUCGUCGAUGAUCUCAUCGCAAACAUCCAGAAAACCCCCUCGUACAACAUCACAGAGAUCAGCAUUGGGGGUGAAAGCACCAAGACCGUCACCAACUAUCGUGCUAUCAACUCCAAGACCCAUGAGGCCGACGCCGUUCAAGAAAUCGCAACUGCUGAUAUUGUUACCUGUGCUGUCGGGCCCAGAAUCCUCCAGUUCAUCGCCCCUGUCAUCGCAAAGGGUCUCGACGCCCGUACCAUGUCCGCUCCCCUGACAGUCAUUGCAUGUGAGAAUGCUAUCAAUGCUACCGAUACCCUCCGGGGCCAUAUCGCGACGAAGACUUCCGAAGAAGUACUCGAGACCCGUGCAGUGUUUGCCAACUGUGCUAUUGACCGCAUCGUUCCCAACCAGCCUCCCAACCACGGUCUCAAUGUUCGGAUCGAAAAGUACUUUGAGUGGGCUGUCGAAAAGCCUCCCUUCGAGAAGCAUGGCGUCCAGCAUCCUAACAUUCCCGCUAUCCACUGGGUGGACAAACUUGAGCCCUACAUUGAGCGCAAGCUAUUCACUGUCAAUACUGGCCAUGCCACGACCGCCUACUACGGUCAUCUUCGUGGCAAGAAGACCAUUGCGGAAGCCCUCGAGGACGACUACAUCCGCAGCACGGUUCACAAAGUACUGGACGAAACCGCCUCUUUGAUCACCGCCAAGCAUAACAUCUCAGAAGAAGAACAGAAGAGCUAUGUUGAGAAGAUCAUCGACCGAAUCUCUAACCCCUACCUGGAAGACAACAUUGACCGUGUGGGCCGGGCUCCAGUGCGCAAACUGUCACGCAAGGAACGUUUUAUUGGACCGGCCUCCCAGCUUGCUGAGCGUGGCAUGAAGUUCGAUAACCUCCUGGGUGCAAUUGAAAUGGCCCUUCGCUUCCAGAAUGUGCCCGGUGACGAGGAGAGUGUCGAACUUGCCCAGAUCCUGAAAGAGGAGACAGCAGAGGAGGCCACCAGCCAUCUGACUGAUCUUGAGACGGAUCAUCCGUUGUUCUCUUACGUCCUUGAGCGGGUCGAGAUUGUGCAGCGUGAAACCAAGUAG